AUGAAAAAUUGUAACUGUAAUAUUUAUGAUACUACCGCUGCACCAGCGUCUCCCUUGGAGCAUGGCCCCGGCGAGACAACUACUAGUGUGCUUGAUUCUGGUAAAAAUAAAAAUAAAAACAUAGAAAAUAUUAAAGUAGAAAAACAUGUUUCUCUCAAUUCUUCUUCUUUGGAGCCACUUUCCCCUGAAAUCCCAAAGCGUGUGUUGAUGCGCACAUAUUUAUUCCAAAAAGAGAUCCAUUCAGACGUUGGUGUGGAAAACCUUGCGCGGGGCAUAGUACACCCAAUCAGCGCACUGCUUGAUUCAGGCACUAACAGAAUUUUCAUAGAUCAGGUCUGGGCGGAACAAAUUGGACUCCCCCUUGUGAAAUUAGACGUAUCUAUUCCUGUCCAUAACAUUGAUGGGAAGAUCAAUUUAAUCUUGGGCUGGACCUGGCUAUUUAAACACAAUCCUGAAAUUAACUGGCAGACAGGGGUUGUCACAUUAUCACGUUGUCCUCAGGAGUGUAAGAACUUGGGUAAACCAACUCACGUCCAUCAAACUGAGCGCCUUGAAAAGAUAAACGCUGGUCACAUUUAUGAGCUCAGAUCUUUAGAAAAGAUUGGUAAAACCUGA